ACAGGCGAUGCUGCCAGCAUUUCCAUUCUGUCGCCAGGCUGGGGCUGAAUAAAGGCGUGCUUGUGUGGUAGUGUGUUUCUUUUUUAAAAAUCUCAAAGCCAAGAAGAACAGGCUGAAAUAGCAUUUUCAAAAAUGGAGCGUAAAAUAAACAGAAGAGAAAAAGAAAAGGAGUAUGAAGGGAAACACAACAGCCUGGAAGAUGCUGACCAAGGAAAGAACUGCAAAUCUACACUGAUGACCCUCAACGUUGGUGGAUAUUUAUACAUUACUCAAAAACAAACACUGACCAAGUACCCAGACACUUUCCUUGAAGGUAUAGUAAACGGAAAAAUCCUCUGCCCGUUUGAUGCUGAUGGUCAUUAUUUCAUAGACAGGGAUGGACUUCUCUUCAGGCAUGUCCUGAACUUCCUACGAAAUGGAGAACUUCUACUGCCUGAAGGGUUUCGAGAAAAUCAACUUCUUGCGCAAGAAGCAGAAUUCUUUCAGCUCAAGGGACUGGCAGAGGAAGUGAAAUCCAGGUGGGAAAAAGAACAGCUAACACCCAGAGAGACUACUUUCUUGGAAAUAACAGAUAACCAUGAUCGCUCACAAGGACUGAGGAUUUUCUGUAAUGCUCCUGAUUUCAUAUCAAAAAUUAAAUCUCGCAUUGUUCUGGUGUCCAAAAGCAGGCUGGAUGGCUUUCCAGAGGAGUUUUCAAUAUCAUCAAAUAUCAUUCAAUUUAAAUACUUCAUAAAAUCCGAAAAUGGCACUCGACUUGUACUAAAGGAAGACAACACCUUUGUCUGUACCCUGGAAACUCUUAAGUUUGAAGCUAUAAUGAUGGCUUUAAAGUGUGGUUUUAGACUGCUGACCAGCCUGGAUUGUUCCAAAGGGUCAAUUGUUCACAGCGAUGCACUUCAUUUUAUCAAGUAAUUACCUGUGUCAUGAACAAAGGCAACAAGCAUGCAGCCAGCAAGCUUCGGAAAACCACGGCAUCAAAGGCAUCCCAAAUAAUGUGUGCCCAGCCAGCUCUGUACUCAGAGCCCUGCUGCUAAUCAAUUACUGUGAGCUAACGGUAUGUAAAUUCUAUCGCUAAAGAUGUCCUUCUCAAGGGUGUUCCUGCUGAUAGACUCUUAUACUUAAAAUACAAACAGUGAUGUUCUAUAUAUUAUAAAUAAAGACUGAAUGCUUUUGCUAUUUGUUUAUUUCUCCUUAAGCUGUCUUUCAGUCAGACUGUCUUGGGUACUUGCACAAUGAACAAGCAUGUACAUUAUCUAUCAUUCAUUGAAGUAAACAGUAAUACAAUAUUUUAAGGGGCUGUAAGAUUUAAAAUAAAAUCUACAAAGAAACUGAACUGGUAAAAUUAAGCAUUGAGAGCAAAAGAGAUGUGCAGAUAUGCUAAAACCGAGCUACAGUGAAACCAAAUGUAACUGUAAGAAAGGUAUUAAAGCUAUUGACUUAAUUUUACGGCAGGCUCCAAAAGCUUAUUCAUAGUUCCUGUAUUUCAUACUAGAAUUAUAGCUGAAUUGACAUAUUGCUGAACAUUCGUAGAAAACUGCUUGAUGACAAUAAAAAAUAAAUAAAAGCACUAUUAGCUUC